AACCCUUGUCUCUUGCUCCCAAGCUCACACCGAUCACAAAGUGCACUUCCAAACUGUAGUGCCCGAGUCAGACGCUAGACUAUUAGAACCAGUGAUCGUCAGACAUGGCGACAUCUUACGGUCUGGUAGGGCUCCUCUGCUUCGCUCUCAUGGCCGCGGCGGCGAGCGCGACACAGUUCCGGGUCGGCGGCGACAAAGGGUGGAGCGUGCCGGACGGGACGACCGAGCCGUACAACACGUGGGCCGGCCGGAUGCGCUUCCAGAUCGGCGACCAGCUCCUGUUCGUCUACCCGAAGGAAACGGACUCGGUCCUCGUCGUCGACCAGGCGGCGUACAACGCCUGCAACACCACGACGUACCUGACCAAGCUCGAGGGCGGCACCACGGUGUUCACGCUCGACCGCUCCGGCCCCUUCUUCUUCAUCAGCGGCAACCAGGCCAGCUGCACGGCCAACCAGAAGCUCCUCGUCGUCGUGCUCGCCGCCGACCACACCCCGCCGGGCCCCUCGCCGACUCCCCCUGCCAUGCCGCCCACGUCUGCCGCGCCCCUGCCGAGCCCUCCUUCCAUGUCGCCGCCGUCUCCUCCUUCCAUGGCGCCGGUGCCGAGCCCCUCGUCGCCUCCGUCCAUGCUGCCGCCGUCCGGCGCGCCGAUGCCGAGCCCGAUGUUGCCUCCCUCUGGCGCUCCUAUGCCCACCCCGGAAUCCGCACCAUCUCCGACAGGUUCAGCUCCGACCGCUGCUCCCGCUGCAACUCCAGGAUCAUCUCCGGGAACUCCAGGCUCACCGCCGUCGUCUUCCCCCGGUACUCCUGGAGGCGCGCCGCAGCCACCGUCCGACUCCACCAGCCCACCAGGUGCCGACGGGGCGAACUCGACUACGCCGGGCAACGGAGCUGCUCCCCUGACCGCAGGCCUAAUCAGCACGCUGGCAGCAGGCUUUGGGUACGCCAUGCUGGCUAUCUGAGCGCCCGUGUGAGUGUAAAUUGCGAAAUAAUCACUUAUACUGUACAGGGGAUUUACUUUUGUACUAUUUGUUUUACUAUGCCGUUCUAUCAUUCUUGAGUCCCUUUCCUCGAAAAAAAGAAUUCAGAGUUCAAGGUCAUGUCCCAAAACA